AUGCAAAAUGAAUGGAAUGAAUAUGGAAUAAUAAAUGAAUGUGUCAGAGGAUUUGGAGGGUUGAAGAAUCCUAAUAGAAUUAAAAUUUAUCAACAUCUUCUUCAUGCGGAAAAAAUUCAAGACCCAGCUAAAGAAAGUAAGUCACAUUACCAAAUAACAUUGGACGUUAAACGAACAUACGGUAGAUUAUUAAAUGAAGAGGAUAGUACAAGACAAAAAGAAAGGUUAUUAAAAAUACUAGAUGGGAUAUUUGUACUACAUCCAGAGUUUAAGUAUUAUCAAGGAUUUCAUGACAUCGUUAGUUAUUUACUUUUUACUAGUGAAGAUGAUGAACUAAUAUUAGGUGUUAGUGAAAGACUUGCAACAUUAAGAUUUAGGCAAUCAUUAUUUGAUUUUAAUGAAGCAUUAAGUGGUGGAAAAAAAGCAUUGAAAACUGUCAGUUCUAUUGAUCCAGAUUUAAGCAAUGCAUUAGAAGAAGCAGGGUGUGAUGCAAUGUUUGCAUUUCCUUGGUACAUAACAUGGUUUUUACACUCAGUUGAAAACAUAGAAGUUGGACUUCGUUUAUUAGACUUUUUUAUUUGUACUUCCGACCAAGACCUUAUUAAUUUCAUUAGUUCUAUGAUUAUUUCAAGUAGAGAAGCAAUUUUUGCACUUCCAGAAAUAGAGUAUAGUGCUAUUCAUAUUUAUUUUACUGGUGCUCCAAGUAGAUUUACUGUAAAUGAUGUUCAACGUCUUAUUAAUAUGUCGAUGUAUCUAAAAUCUGGGAAAUGUUCAUUGUCAUAUUUCUUGACCAUAUCAUCUAGUCCAUAUGAACUGACUAUAGACCCAAAUUCUUUAUUGUAUAUAAGAAUUCUGAUAGUCAUCAUGUUACUAUGUCAUGUCCUUAUGUUGUAUUGCUCAAAAAAUUAA